CACUUCCUCAUCUCGCUGCUACAAAUCUGUGGAGUUUCCUUAAUCUGCUCUGAAGCACUGUGCACCCUGAGCCAGCCACUAUGUCUUUUGUCGACACUCUGCGUCAAUGGGAUGAGGCCGUCACCUGUGUUGACAGAGAGGAUUUGUCCGGAGCAUUCAGGAUUUUCCUGUCAAUCGAAGAACCCAACUCCAAAAUUUGUUUUGACAUAGGCUGUCUCCAUCUUCUUAACCAAGACCUGGAUGCUGCUGAAAAGGCGUUUGAUUGCACCAUACGCAAGGAUGAGCAUAUGGCGGUUGCCUUCUUUCAAAGAGGAAUCACCUUUUACAAAAAGCAGAGGUAUGAGGAGAGUUUGGGUGAUUUCCAGUAUGCCUUCAAAGCACUAAGAGGAAACCAGCUGAUAGAUUACAAAGCACUUGGACUCAGAUACAAACUAUUUGCAUGUGAUGUUCUCCACAAUAUGGCCCUGGCUGAGGCUCAGCUGGGCCACUGGGAAAAGGCCCAGGAAAACCUUGUGAAGGCUCUUGAUUACAAAACAGAUGCCAAGCUCAAUGCCAUCGACAGAGCUCUUCAGUCGACACUGAAACAGAAACUUUUCAAACUGGUCGAGUUCCCAUCAAAAGUUCUGUUCAAACCCAAUAAGCACUAUGUCGCUGAGCUGGAGAAGAAGGACUAUCUGGGCAAAGCAAAGGUUGUUGCCUCUGUGGUUCCUCAGGAUGACUUCUCUGGGUUUGCUCCAUUACAGCCUCAGGUUGAAGAUGGACCAACUUGUCCAAAGGAGCCAGAGGUUCUCAGGGCUCUGGAAGGAGACCCCCACACUGUCCUGUUUGAGUUUGUUCCUGAGACCAGUGAUGAGUUGGCUGUUGUGCCAGGCAAUAUUGUGUUUGUGCUGCACAAAGCUGCUGACAACUGGGCAUCUGUGAUCUUCAAUGAAAGAAGGGGACUUGUUCCGUACAACUACCUGGAACGUUUGGAGAUCUCAUUGGCUUCUAAACAGAAGGAGGAAAUGCGUAAAGCUCCAAGUCGAGAACCUCCAACCAGACCUGAAAGGAAACAAGGUCUUACUCCAAGUGACAACAGCAGUGGAGACAUAAAAUGUAAGGAUGCUCAGUCUCCUGAUGAUUCCUAUAUUGUCAAAGUCCAUUUUACAUUCAACUUGGCAGUCUCGGUACCACCUGGGUCUCACUAUGCCACACUGAUAGAGAGAAUCAGUAAGAAACUGAAUCUCCCCUCUACUGCAGUCACCUUGAGUUUGACCUCCGACGCCGAUGAACAAAGUCUAAUUAGUGCCGACACAGAAAUGGAAAGUGUGUGGAGUCGUGCUAAUGGUAGGCGCAUCACCUUGUGGUGUCACAACAAAGAGUUCCAGCAAACUGAUGGAAAGCCAAACAAUGACAUCCACUUGGUGGCACUUCAUUCCUAUGAGUCAUCAAAUCCAGAGGAUCUCAAUUUCCAUCAAGGGGAUACAAUCACAUUGCUCUCAAAAGUUAACCAGGAUUGGUUUGAAGGACAAUGUAAUGGGAACACUGGUAUAUUCCCUGUAUCUUUUGUGGAAGACGUUCCUGUGAAUGCCCAGUAACUGAUGUAAACAAACACAAAAGUGAUUAAAGACAGUUGUACAGCUUCUCCCUUCAAAAUAUUAAUAAAAUAAUAAAUUCUG